AUGGGCAACCAGGUGUCAGGACCGGGUGGCGCCAUUUCGAAAAAGAAAUGGGAGAGCGAGAUGAAGGGCAAGGACAAGCUGGACAUUUCGUCGCGGCAAUUGACCAACGCGCAGAUCGCACACCUGAAGCUGAGCUGCCUCAAGAGCCUGACCUUCCUGAAUGCGAAUUACAAUCGGUUCGAUCGCCUGCCCCCCAACAUCGCCAAGCUGGCCAAGCUGCAGCGGCUCAUGCUGGUCAAGAACAACCUCACCAUGCUGCCGGUCGAGAUCUGCCAUCUGCGCAAUCUGACCAAGCUUGAGGUGGGCAACAACGCCCUGGUGGCCCUGCCCGAGGGCAUGUUCGAGGCCAUGCCGCUACUCGAGGAGCUCAGCUGCUUCAUGAACCAGCUCCAGCGGCUGCCGCGCGAGGUCGGCUGGGCGCGCAGCCUCAAGCGGCUCGUGGCCUACGUCAACCAGCUCCAGCGCCUGCCCGAGGAGCUGGGCCUCUGCGCCGACCUGGUCGAGCUCGACGUCGCCACCAACCACCUCACCGCCCUCCCCGCCAUGCUGGCCCACCUCUCCUCGCUCCGCCGCCUCAACGUCUCCUCCAACCGCCUCGUCCACCUCGGCCCCCAGCUCGGCGACCUGCCCGACCUCGAGCGCCUCGACCUCCGCUUCAACCGCCUCCUCCGCCUCCCCGACGAGCUCGGCCGCCUGGCCCAGCUCAACAGCCUCCUCCUCGACCACAACGACCUCGCCUCGCUCCCCGCCGCCCUCUCCACCCUCUCCACCCUCAAGCUCCUCUCCAUCAACGAGAACCGCCUCGCCCACCUCCCGCCCGACGCCCUCGCCCUCCCCGCCCUCGCCGAGCUCUCCCUCCGCGCCAACCGCCUCACCGCCCUCCCGCCCGAGCCCCUGGCCGCCCUCACCGCCCUCCAGACCCUCGACCUCGCCCACAACCUCCUCCCCUUCCUCCCGCCCGCACUCGGCACCCUCCCACGCCUCACCAACCUCUUCCUCGGCGCCAACCUCCUCACCCUCCUCCCCACCGAGUUGUGUGGGCUCUCGCAGCUGGCAGAGCUGGAGCUGCAGGAUAACGCGCUCGAGGAGCUCCCGGCGGAGCUGGGUCAGAUGGAGAAGCUGGCCCACCUGGACGUGCGCAACAAUCAGCUGACCGCGCUCCCGCCCUCCAUCGGGCAGCUGGUCAAGCUGCGGCUGCUCGACGCCGGCAUGAACCUCAUCUCCGACCUCCCGCCCGAGCUCUACGCCGUCUCCUCCCUCGCGCGACUCUCCCUCUCCGGCAAUCGCAUCUCCGACCUCCCGGAAGACUUCUGCCGCCUCACCCGAUUGGAGCGGCUGCUGUUGGGCUACAACCAGCUCUCCACGCUGCCGGCAGGCCUCAACCAGUUGACGCACCUCACGGUGCUUUCCCUCUCCGGCAACCGCCUGACCACCCUGCCCCCCGUCGUCUUCGAUCUCACCUGGCUCAAGGAGCUGUACGUGGCGGCGAACGGGCUGACGGAGCUGCCGACCGAGGUGGGGCGGCUGACGACGCUGGAGAUCCUGGACCUCACGAGCAACCACCUCACGGCGCUCCCCGAGGAGCUGGGCUGCUGCGUGCGGCUCACCGAGCUCGAGGCCUCCCACAACCGCCUCGCCUCGGUGCCGGCCUCGCUGGGCAACCUGGUGUCCCUCGUCGAGAUCGACCUCUCGGCCAACGAGCUCACCACCCUCCCGCCCGAGCUGGCGCGCCUCACCGCCCUUCGCCACCUUAAGCUAUGCCACUGCCGCCUCCAGCGCCUGCCCCGCGAGCUGGCCGCGCUCGUGCCCCCGCCCGAUCUGCGGUUCACCACCAACAGCAACGACGCCUACGCCUGCACCAACGGCGACCGCACGGCCUACCCGGGCCGCCUGUCGUGGCUCAGCACCGAGGGCAACCCCGAACUGGCCGACCUCCCCGAGGCCCUCGCCUCCAUCACCGAGCGCGAGUUCCGGGGCGGACGUCCGCUGGUCUCCCCGUUCUCGUCGCCCUCCUCCCCGCCGACGGCGCGUGACCGGGGAAAGGAGCGCGGUGCAGCGGCGGCUGCGGCCGAGCCGGUCGAGGCUGGUAUGUGCGCGCGGUACGUGUGCUGGGCGGAGAUGCGCGGGCUGCGACCUACCAUGGAGGACACGGUCUACGUCAACCACGCCCUGCGCCCCGACACCCAGCUCUACGCCAUAUUCGACGGUCACCGCGGCAGCGACGCCGCCGAAAUCGCGGCCGCCUACGUGGGCAAGGCCUUCGACCAGGCCCUGCGACAGCACGGCGACGACGUGGGCCAGGCCAUCUUCACGGCCUUCCGACGGCUGGAGGACAUCGUCCUCGAUUCCAAAACCGAGGCCGGCUGCACUGCCGUCGUGGCCCUCGUACACGCAGGAGUCCUCUGGCUGGCCAACGUGGGGGACUCGCGGGCGGUGCUUUCGAGAGGCCGCGUCGCCGAGCGACUGACGGUCGACCACACUGGCAAGCUCAGCGAAGAGCGGCAAAGGAUCCAAGAGCUGGGUGGCUUUGUUACCGAGAAGGGGCGAGUGAUGGGCGACUUGGCGGUGUCUCGCUCCCUAGGCGAUGCCAGCAUUCGGCCAUAUGUGAGCGCCGUGCCAGAGGUCAAACGGGUGGAGCUGAACGAAGAGGUGGAAUUCCUGGUGAUGGCGUGCGAUGGCGUGUGGGACAUGGUGACCGACCAGCUGGCGGUGGACUCGGUGGCCGCCUCCGAUCCGCACCUUUCAGCCACGACACUGCGAGAUCGGGCCUUCCUGAGCGGCAGCACCGACAACAUCUCCGUCGUGGUCGUCUACUUCGAUCCCGCAGCCGUGGGCGAGCACGCCCGCAACUAA